UAGCCACAGCGCCAUUUCGUGUUAACUGGUUCAAGGUACAGUACAAUCAGCCUACUGAAUUGGAAACGGAUCAUAUAAGACAUCAACCAACACAACGUCGAAAUUGCACUCAUUUUUCAAUAAUUGAGCUCCUGUUUUUGAGGCAUCUUUUUUGAGCAGCGACAAAUCAAACAGGUAGGCAGGCAGGCAGACCACGACCGUCCAGGGUACAGGGAAUAUGGAUAGCUUGAUGGCUGGCAACGUUACCAACAAGACGGACCCUCGCUCCCUCAACUCCCGGGUCUUCAUCGGGAACCUCAACACUCUCCUGGUCACCAAGGCAGACGUGGAGGCCAUCUUCAGCAAGUACGGCAAGAUAGUGGGCUGCUCCGUGCACAAGGGGUUCGCCUUUGUCCAGUACGCCAACGAGAGGAAUGCCCGGGCCGCCGUAGGGGGCGAGGAUGGGAGGAUGAUCGUAGGACAGGUGCUGGACAUUAACCUUGCUUGUGAACCGAAGCAUCAGAGAUUGAAGACUGUGAAGCGCUCUGCGGGAGAUAUGUACAGUUCUUCAUUUGAUUUGGAAUAUGACUUCCAGAGAGAUUACUAUGACCGGAUGUACCCGUACCAGUCCCGCGUGCCCCCUCCGCCUCCUCCCCCCCUGUCCCGUGCGGUGAUCCCCUCCAAGCGGCCCCGGGUCAGUUUGAGUGGAGGCGGUGGAGGAAGAGGAGGUGGAGGAGCAGGGGGCAGCCGACGCACCAAGACCAACUUCUCAUCCUCCAGGAGCAGCCAGAGCAGGGUCUCCACCUCACGCAACAUGAAGGCAGACGACCUGCAGACCAUCAAGAGAGAGCUGACCCAAAUCAAACACAAGGUGGACUACCUGCUGGAGAGUCUGGAACGCAUGGAGAAGGACCACACCAAGAAGUUAGACAUGAAGAGUAGUGGGAAGCCGGAACUCGGGGAGGUGUCUCCUCUCCACUGCGGAGGAAAGAAGGAGGAGAGCUUGAAGAGGGAGAGGGAGAGCCAGCUGCUCAAUGACUCAGAAGAGGAGGAGGGAGACCUACUGGAGGAGGAGGAGGAGGUGAAGAGUCGAGGAAGGGAAGAUGACGAUGAAGAGGAGGAAGGUGAGGAUGAUGGAGAUAGCGCCAACGGAGACGACUCUUAAACACCGCAAGAUUGUCUGUUCGCACGCACACACAUACAUACAGGCACACACACACACACACACACACUCCCUGACAUACACAAAAGGAAAUGUGUAUAAUUACAUAGCAACACACAUGCAGUACAUGGACAGCUGUUCCUACUGAACUCAGUAUUCAUAUGGACAUUUACACUAUAUACUGUACCAUUCUGAACGUGUGCUCACCUACACUUUCAGUAACACUCUACCAGUAAUGUCAAGCAAAUAUCUGUCUUUUCUCCUCUUUGGAUUUCUCUCCGAUGUAUUAGUUUGUAGCCUCAUACGGCCAUUCUGAACUCUUCAUUUACAUUAUUUGUGAAUUGAAAUGAAUUGAGAGAGCGUGCGCAGCAGUCAGGAUGGUGGACCAGGCUAAUUAUUUGGCCCCCGAUCAAAGAUUUUCUUUAUGUAUAUCGUAUGUAUCUUGAAAAAUAGUUUUAUUCUAGUUGUACUAGUCCGGAUACAGUGGAUCUCAAACCUCUCCUCAGAGACCCCCAGUCGUUCCAUGUUUUUGAUCUAUUCCACAGCUAGCACACCUGAUUCAACUAAUCAUCAAGCUCUUGACUAGGACAAUCAGGCGAGUUAGUUCAGGGCUCCACAACAUUGUGAAACAUCUGGGGGUCCCGAGAGGUUUUAAAACCACUGGACUGGAGGAUCUUGGCACCUGCUGUGUCCACCAGCAGGUGGCACUGUGCAAUGACAUUUUUACACACCUAGGCUACCGUGAAAUGUGGUGCUGGAGUUGGAAGAUUUUACAAUUUACAUAUUAUAAAAAUGGAAAACAAUGAAACAGACAUGUAUAGGAAGACUUCAUGCCAGGAUUGUCUAAUGUAUGCUGUUUUCUUUGCCCUGAAUGGUUUUGCUUGUUUCUUUUUUAGCUUACUUAUUUGUGUCAGGAAAUAGAGUUUGACUUAGUAUAACCUUGAGUUCUGUAAUGGACGUUAUCCAUGUUGGUGUGUUUGUCUCGGUUGCCGUGUGAUUUCAGUUGACCAUUACUUGGACUGUGCUUGUGAAUUAAAAACUUCCAAGUGGGAAUGCUCCAGGCCA